CGCCAAUAUCGAACCAGCUUUGGUUCAAAAACACCACCCCAUCUCCCUCCAACUCCCCAAAUAGGUCACUCAGUAGACUGAUCAGUGCGAUACACAAUAUAUACUGCUAUUAUCUAUUCCUUGGGGCCGGCGGGUUAGAAAAAAUAAGAAUGGAAAGCAGCAGGCGGAGGCCGGAGCAGGGUGGUUCCGGCAAGGUUAAGCUGCCCGAGAUUCCGACGGAGCCACUGGAGUUCCUGGCAAGGUCGUGGAGCCCCUCCGCCCUCCAACUCUGCAAGGCGCUCUCUCUCUCUCCUCGUCCUCCUCCUCCUCCGCGGUCCGGUACCCCCGUGACUAAUGGGUCCAAUAUGAAUAUUGCUGCUGCUGCUUCUACUACUAGUCAUGUUAUUAAUAGUGGUGGUGGUGGUGAAAACGAGGAAUCAACUGUAGCAGGAGCUGUAGUCAAUAAUAGUACUAAUAAUGGAGACCCACCGCAGCCCUCAUUCUUGUUUGCUUCUUCUUCUUCUUCUGCAGCUGCUACCACUACUUCUUCUCAGCUUGUCCUCGAACGCAUCAUGUCUCAAUCGGAAAUGAUAUCGCCACUAACGUCAGGGAGGCUCUCUCACAGUAGCAGUAGUACUACUGGAGCUUUGAAUGGUAUUGGCUCCCUCACUCAUCAUGAUCAAGACACGGAUAGCAUUAGCCCUCCUGUUGUUUCCCCCACCCAUGAAUUCGACGAUGUUGUCAAGUUCCUACGAUCAAACAACACGCUACAGCCUCUAUUCAUUGGCGGCCACAACAGCCACGGCGGCGGCAGCGGCGGGGUAAGCACACCCAGUAGCAAGACUGGGAGGAGGUGGUUGAAGGAGAGGAAGGAAAAGAAGAAACAAGAGGCCAGGGCCCACAACGCCCAGCUCCACGCGGUCGUGUCCGUUGCCAACGUGGCAGCUGCAGUGGCGGCCAUUGCGGCCGCGACUGCUGCAGCCUCAGCGACGGGGAAGGAUGAUAAGAUGGCAAAGACGGACAUGGCCGUUGCAUCGGCCGCAACACUAGUUGCGGGGCAGUGCGUGGAGGCUGCAGAGGUUAUGGGAGCUGACCGGUGCCACCUCAUUUCGGCCAUUAGCUCUGCCGUUAAUGUUCGGACCCAUGAUGAUAUCACUACUCUCACCGCCGCUGCUGCCACCGCCCUACGAGGGGCAGCCGCCUUGAAGGCAAGAGCACUGAAAGAUGUUUGGAGCAUCGGUGCAGCAGUACCGGCAGCAGAGAAAGGGACGACGGUUAUGAGGAUGAGUGGAUGCAGUAGUGAUUAUCAUGAGCAUAGUCAUGGUAAUGGAUUUGUGGAAGGGCUUGCCCUUGAAGAUGAUUUCCUGGAUUCUUGUCAUCAACAACUCCUUGCAAGGGGAACUGAGCUUCUCAAACGCACCCGCAAAGGUGAUCUUCAUUGGAAGAUUGUAUCGGUUUAUAUUCAUCGUACUGGGCAGGUGAUGCUGAAGAUGAAGAGCAGACAUGCUGCUGGAACAAUCACCAAAAAGGAUAAGAAUGUGGUAUUGGAGGUGUGCAGAGACGUCAAGCCAUGGCCGGGGAGGCAUUUGUUUGAGGGAGGAGAGCAGCGUCUGUACUUUGGGUUGAAAACAGUAACGCGUGGGGUGGUAGAGUUUGAAUGCAAGAACCAGAGGGAACACGAUAUCUGGACGCAGGGGGUUCGUCGUCUGCUCUCCAUCGCAGCAGAAAAGAACAAUCUCAAUAACUGAAACAAUGCUUGUCCACUGGAAAAUAGAGUGCACAGAGAGUCUCUCAGUUGAUUUGGAUCUUCUCUUGAUUCCCCCUUGGGACAAUGACAUUUAUUUAAAGACUUGAGUAUUUGGAAGUUUACUUGCACGUCUUAGUCUUAAACUGAGAUGCAAAGCAUCUUAAUCAAGGAAAAUAAUUUUG